AUGCCUCGGGCCUCGGGCAGCCCUGGAGGCGGAACCGGUCACAGGGGCUCGCUGUGUACGCCAUGUCGUCUGGUCGGCCAGGGAGCCAGGGAGCUCGGCGAAGGACUCGCUGGCUCAAGAGCACGCACCACUCGCGAGCCACACCGUCCACACGUCUUCCAUACACUUCGGAUCGUGGGAUUCACUCGUCUCUUCUUCGAGAUGGCCGUGAUUCUCAGUAUCAAAAACACAUUUGUAUGCGCGAGUUUUGAAGACUCGGGAUCUGCAGGUCUACGUCGUUCAAGCUCGUGCCCUUCUCUUCGCCUUGCUGAUGCGACCCUGAGCCAGGAUGCAAGCAGCACGGACAUCGUCUCGACACUCGCCAGUUCUGACUCGGAUCUCACACUGACCGGACUUGGCACGUGGGCCGACAUUGAUUCUGACUUCGACGAGCAAGAGAGUCCCUCUUGCCUGUCCCUGGUUGGGCUCCGAGGCCUCGGCUGCUCCGGCGAGGCCCACGCCCCCCUCACGGUGGACGAGAAGUCCCCUGCAGCACCAGGUUUCACUCUUGAUGGCGCUCUUGCUAAGAUGCCUGAAAGAACGCGCACACCUUUGAGCAGCAAGGCGUCGGCGUUCAGCCCUCUCACCGACAGCUCGGCCCCGCACGUCCCCUUUGUCCCGGCCAGCUCGCUCAGCAGCCGGGCUUCCGCGUUCGUGCCGCGCUCUUCGCAGACGGUGAGCAUGCCCGCGCGGGCUACUGCGCCCCCAGAAGCCAAAGUGCCUCGCUCUCCGAGUCAGUCAGCUGCUGUCCCCCAGGAGGUCACAACGGCGAUGUUGCGCAACUUGCCAUGUGGAUUCACGCGCAAUCAUUUACGCUGCACUCUAGACAGCAAUGGCUUAGCGGGACUGUACGAUUUCGUCUAUGUUCCGAUCGACUUCGAGAGAGGCCUGUGUAAAGGCUACGGCUUUGUGAACCUGGUUGACGCGAAGCAUUUGCAGCGUCUGAACGAGGUCUUCGAGGGCUACAGCGAGUGGUCGCACUUCUCGUCCUCGAAGGUCUGCCAGGUGAGCCUGUCCCACACGCAGGGAUUGAUGGCGAACGUCGAGCGCUACAGGAACAGCCCGGUGAUGUGCGGUAGCGUCCCGGAGGACUACAAGCCCGUGGUGUUCUUGUUCGGUGCCCAGGUGGACUUCCCCGCCCCCGUGAAGAAGCUUCGGCCUCCGAGGCUGCGCAAGGGCGCCGCAAGGGCGCUGGCGCAGCAGUCCCAGCUGGACCACGCGCGGCAUUGA